ACUUCGUUCAGUUAGUUGGUUUAACAAACUAGUAGAACUUUUGGCCAGCAGUACUCCCGAUUAGAAAAAUGUCGGGAAAUCCAGAUACGAGUAUUAAUGACUUCAAUGCCGACGAACUGGUUGCACCUGAAUGGCUGAAUGUUGAGUUUAUCACAAAAGUUCUGAGCGAGCAUGAAAAGGCUGCCGAACUAAAGGUCACCGGACUACAAUUUUCUCCAGCCAGCGCCAAGGGCGACCACUAUGCCAGCGUCAUGUUUCGCGCCAAAGUGGAGUACACCACUCGAAAAGGAGCCGCCACCAAGUCGCUAAUCAUCAAAACAAUGCCGGAGCAAGAGGGUCACAAGAAGGAUAUGCUGGGCGAGUCGCCAAUCUUCCAAACGGAGAUUGGAAUGUACGGCACAGUACUGCCAGAAUUCGAGAGGAUACUCCGGCAGGCGGGGGACGAUGAUAAACUCUAUGUGGACUGCAUCUAUCACAGUCUGAAGCCGCGUCAGGUGAUGAUCUUCGAGGAUCUGGUGGAGAUGGGCUUCGUUGUGAUACGAGAUCGUGAGGUAAACCUCGACGAGGUGCGUUGCGUCUACUCCAAACUGGCAAAAUUGCAUGCGGCGAGUAUUAAAGUCCAGCACGAGCAACCCACAAUACUCAAAGGCUACACCAACGGUCUGUUUGAUAUGCCCAAGGUGUUGGAAGAACCAUUCAUUGGCACUGGGAUGACAUUCUUUCUGGAACUGCUAGAGAAAGAGCCCGAACUGCGAAAGUACAAGGCAUACUUUGAGAGCAUAAAGGGCGACCUGCUACAGCGACUGAAGGAUGAGUGGACGCAAAUGCGUCAGAACCCGAAACCAGAUCAGUAUUACGUCCUCAGCCAUGGAGAUUUCCAUCUACGUAAUAUGAUGUUCAAGCACAAAAAGGAGACAGGAGUAUUCGAGGACGUCAUGCUGUUGGACUUUCAAAUGUGCAAUAUUUCCCCCAUGACCAAUGAUUUGAUCUACUCGAUAUAUAUGCUGUUGGAGCCACAACAACGAAGGGAUCAUUGGGAGGAGCUGCUCAAGCAUUACUUCUCCGUUUUGGUUGAAACUCUGAAGAAGAUCGGAUAUAAAGGAGAAAUGCCCACGGAAGCUGGACUCUGGCAGCGAUUCCAUCAACGUAAAAACUCUCACUUUUUCCUGCUAAGCACAUUCCUGCCAUUAAUGUGGGCCCUUAGGGAGAAGGCCACCGAUUUCGGUGAACUAUUACAGAACGAGGAGAUCCGUAGAAAUUCCUCGUUUUUGGAGGGUUAUGUCAAAGAUGUCACCAUAUUAUUGCCCCGCUGGGAGAAAUUGGGUUACUUUAAAAAUACCUAAAGUGUUGUGUUUCUAUGUGUUCCUUUCAGCCAAGAUGAUCUUUAAAAUUAUCUUUUGCUUGCAAAUAAUUAAACUUUCAAGAAAAAAUGUUAAAUUUUGCUAAAUUAUUUUGUAUGCAAAAAAGAACCUCUUAAAUGUUGACUUAUAUCGUAUGUGGAAUCUGGAACUAUGUAAUAUAUGUUCAUAUUCUUUAUCUGCUUUAUGGAACCCACCCUACAAUUUAAAGAAUUUUCUGACUACGCAACACAUUAAAAAAGAGAUA